AUGGAGGGGGAGCUUUUCGUGGACGGGCAGCCCCCGGAUUUUUCCGUCUUGCAGGAGCUGCUGUGUCCGCCCUGCCUGGAGUCUGAGCCUAGCUGUAGCCAGGCCCCCAGUCCGGGAGGCGCCAGAGAAACAGCCGUCGUCGGAGAAGCAAGGGUUGAGUCCUUCAGCAGCAUGGCUUGCUGCCUCCAGAUCCCAGACAGCAAAGCCCUCAACUUCCUGCAGGAGACUGCCCAGCAACCCUCUCAGCCGGAACCAAUCAGCAGCAACUCAGGGAGGCCUCCACAGCAGGCGGGACUGGCCGUGCAGCCCAGGCGCAGUGCUACGACACCUCAGGGCGAUGGCUUGUCCCCUGCACUGGCCAGCAUUGGUGCCUUGGAUGCCCUCAGCCUCAUUAACCUCCACUGCUCCAGCCUUGAGUCAGAGCCAGGGGAUCGGACUGAGUUACAAGAAGCUGCCCAAGAAAAGCCCCCGGUCUCCUUCUCCAAAGGCCACUGUAGCAACCAUCCGUGGACACCGUGUCUGGAGGAGCCCAGGGCGGUAGAGCGGCUGGGUACUGGCGUUGCCUACAAGUUUGAGUCUCAGAGGGCAAAAAGAAGAAUUUCCCGCAAGCAGUCGAGACCUAUGCGGAGCUAUGAGCGUGACGACCCUGCCUUCCAAGGGGUGACCUUUCAAAUGCAUCUGUGCCUGAAUCAGAUAAGCUCCCAGGGCUGUCAGCUCCUUAUUAAGGCCCAAUACAGCAGGGUUGAGUCCUUCAGCAGCAUGGCUUGCUGCCUCCAGAUCCCAGACAGCAAAGCCCUCAACUUCCUGCAGGAGACUGCCCAGCAACCCUCUCAGCCGGAACCAAUCAGCAGCAACUCAGGGAGGCCUCCACAGCAGGCGGGACUGGCCGUGCAGCCCAGGCGCAGUGCUAUGACACCUCAGGGCGAUGGCUUGUCCCCUGCACUGGCCAGCAUUGGUGCCUUGGAUGCCCUCAGCCUCAUUAACCUCCACUGCUCCAGCCUUGAGUCAGAGCCAGGGGAUCGGACUGAGUUACAAGAAGCUGCCCAAGAAAAGCCCCCGGUCUCCUUCUCCAAAGGCCACUGUAGCAACCAUCCGUGGACACCGUGUCUGGAGGAGCCCAGGGCGGUAGAGCGGCUGGGUACUGGCAUUGCCUACAAGUUUGAGUCUCAGAGGGCAAAAAGAAGAAUUUCCCGCAAGCAGUCGAGACCUAUGCGGAGCUAUGAGCGUGACGACCCUGCCUUCCAAGGGGUGACCUUUCAAAUGCAUCUGUGUCUGAAUCAGAUCAGCUCCCAGGGCUGUCAGCUCCUUAUUAAGGCCCAAUACAGCAGUGAAAAACUCAUGAAAAGACGACGAGCAACUUUAGCAAGAGAAGAGUGCAGAGCUGGCGUUUCGGAGGAGGAAGAAGGAUGUCUCUCUGCCCAGAGAAAUAAGCGUUGUGCUUCUUGCAAGACCAGAAAAACACCACUGUGGAGAAAUGCUGAAGAUGGGACCUCUCUCUGCAAUGCAUGUGGAAUUAGGUACAAAAAGUACAGAAUUCGGUGUUUUCAGUGCUGGAAUAUUCCAAAACAUGGUGGGAAACGCUGCUUGCAUUGUUCCAAUUGUGGAGGGAAAUUACAUGCAGUAACUGCGCACCAGAAAUCUGGAAAAAGGUAA